CGACGAUGUAAGAUGACUUUUAGAUAUUCUGUCAAAUUUUUUGUAGAAAUUGUUAAAAUUUACAAAAGAAAAUUCUAAAAAAAUGUUGCAACCAGCAAUAACUUCCAACCAUUGUCCAGCCUCUGGUAACAACAUUACAGAAAAACCUGUUCGAAACUAUUUACGAAAAAGGGCUGCAUCUUCCAAUCAGAUACCACGGAAGCCACGCGUGAAUUCUCCGGCAUCACGGACACCCGCGAAAGAACGAAGAUGCCAAAGCUUGUCACCGUCGGGUCAAAUUCAAAAGCCGAAAGAAUAUCCUGGAUUUCCGUCGGAAACUGUAUCCGCUCCUGACAAACUGAGCCGGGACGUACAAGACUACAUGUAUCGACAACCAGAGAAAGACAUAACGUUGCCUCAAUGUGUGGUGUCCAAGACACUCCGCAACUUGGCCAUUAAGAAGCGAGAAUUUCUGAAGUUGAAAAAAACCUUUCUGGUGCAACAGAACUCAUUUCUGGAGCAAUACGCGGCGCUGAAAGACCUGGAAGCUCGCUCAGGCGUUCACGACGAUUCUUUGGGUGAAAUACGGAUCGUAACGCUGAGUGGUUGGCCUGCCUACGAUCUGUUGCUGCUAGUCAGAGAUGACUUCUGCUCACCAAGGAAUACUGACAUAAGCGGCGUUUUCGGUCCGCAAGUGCUGCAACAGCUGGAUGCUCAGCUAAACCCGAUCCCCGGUGAGGUUCUCAGCAUGGGCGCGGAGAUCAUGGCUCGGCGGAUGGAGCUUCUAAAUCUGUUGCGAAAUAAACAUCGCGGCGACCGAGCCUCCUAUCAUACGAAUCUCGAAUGGAAAACUAAAAAUGUGGAAUUUGAUGCUGAAUCUGAAAAUUUGCACAGGCUUGUCGCUGGAACGGCGGAAAAUUUAAAAUCGAAGAUCACCUAUUGCUUGGACCUGGCUAAGGUACCUUGGUUGGAUCGAGAGGCAUUUAUAAAAAGAGUCGAACGUGUACAAAAGGAAAAUUCGCUACUUCAGCAUAAAAUAGAAGAAAUGACGAAAAAAGAAGAUAGCAGUUCUACGAAGGGAGCAGACGAUAACAUUUCACAACACCAUCAGGCUUUAUACGACGAACUGGCGAAGGAAAAGGCUGCGCGCGAAUCACUUAAGGAGGUGGUGUCUUCUGCCGAGGGUAUGCUGAGGGUGGCUCGGGCCCGUGUUGCGACACUUGAGAGGCAGCUCAAAGACACCCGCAGCGAGCUGGAGGCUACAAGAAAGAAACACAAGGAGUUGGAGCAACUUUACCGCCAUCGGGAAUCAAGUUACGAUGCGCGCUCUAAGAAACUUAUGGAAAUGUCAAAGACUGGAGAAGCGGCUAUAGAAGCUUUGUCACGUCAGCGAGAUGCCUUAGAAUUAAGAGUUAGGGAAUUGCAUGAGCAAGUAGAACAAGGGGAGCGAGAAGUGGCAGCCCGGGAAGCCCAGGAGAUGGAGAAGCAGAACAAUCUCCUGGCGAAGGUAGCGGAACAGGUAAAAAGGCGAGAGACAGCUGAAUCACGUGUCAAAGAACUGGAAGGUCGAGUUAAAGAACUAGAAGAACAGCUUAAUGCAAUUCGUGAGAAGUCAAUGCGGCUCGUCGAUGUUGAGAGAAGAAGAUGCCUCGAAUAUGUACCCUGUAAAGAGAGUGAACCAACUGACGCAGAAACCGAGAUAUGGAAAGAGCUUCAAGUGACGAAAAUCUCUUUGUCGCGCGCCGAGGAAGAACUGCGUCAGAGUAGAGCUGAUAAAGAGAGUUUCCUGAAUUCUUUGUCAAAAAUUGCGCAAGAGGAAGGCGCUGAUAAAGGUGACAAAUUAGCAGCGGAAUUGCUUAGUAAAGAACGAAAAAUUUUGUCACUUCACCGCAUAAUAGAUGAACAAAAAGAAAACGAAAAGUUAAUGGAACAAUCAAUGACUGAGUACGAGAAUCAGCUUGCUUCAUUGAGAUUAGAAAUUAAAAAGUUAAAAAAUUAUGAUUGUUACGUAAAGGACUCGCCGUAUCAAGAUUUACAAACUGAGCUUCUAGAGUUGCACAUGCAAGUAGAGACACUAUCUCGAGAGAGAUCUGCGCUAGUGUCAGCCGCCGCAUCUCGAGCCCUAAUGCUGGAGCGACAUGAACGUGCGGCCGAUCUCUUUGCAAGAAUGACGAGGGUACGCCGAGAGCUCGCCGCACAUCUGGAGGGUAAAUCAGAACCUGCAGCGCCUGAAACUGAUCAUCUUGAGAUGUCACGUUCAUUAUCGUCGAUAUGCGCAUCCGCGGCGGACACUUGGUCAGCUCUUCGCGCAGAGAGAACUCGAGUGCUUCGUCUAGAAAGUGCUGUCCUGGCGCAGAGCUUACAGCUUGAACGCGAAGAGAGAGUCAGAACACAACUGGAGAGACGAAAGACUGUUUUAGAACGGGAGAUCUUCCGUAUGCAACAUGUCACUUCACGGCCGAAGUUCUACAAUAGUCAAAAUUCAAGUAUAUUCCACGAUUAAUUGCAACGACUGUUCGACGUCAGGAUUUGUAUUGUGCAUUUUUUAUUAAUAAAAUAUAUAAAUACUUGACAAA